UACAACUUGCACCCCUGCUCGGCAUUAUGAGAUGCUUGCGUCAUUCGGCUGGGAACAAAAUAAUAUUGAUGUCAAGGUAUAUAUAUAUCUGAAGGGAGUUGAUCAGGAGAACAUAGAGGGUGGCUUCACGCCUUCGUCCUUUCACAUCAAAGUCCAUGAUGUUGAAGGAAAGAAUUACAAAUUUGCUAUACCUGAACUGCACAAGGAGAUUGUCCCAGGGAGGUGUAGGGUGAUAACCAAGCCUGAAAAGGUUGUCAUCACUUUGGUUAAAGCUUCAAGGGAUUACUGGUUGGAUUUGAAGUUCAAGGAGGAAAGGCCGAUGCCGAUGCCAAAUUGGGAUGAAGAACCAGAUCCUUUUGUAGGAGCCAUGGCCAUAAUGAAGAAUAUGUACGAAGAAGGGGAUCCAGAGAUGAAAAGAACAGUUGCCAAAGCAUGGACUGAAGCAAAAUUCGGGAGAAACCCCUGAUUCAUCAUCGAAGAGGUGUUCAAUCAA